ACUUCCUGAAUGGGAUAGAAGAAGGGGAGCUUAAUCCUACAAUCAGUUGGCUGAGAUUUGUACCAGUUUGGUACAGGAAUCCUUUUGAGGACUUCCUCAAGUUCGGGAGAAUAUAGGCCAAAGCACACCCAGCCAAGAGCUCUGUGUGCCACGAGGUCAGAGAGAAACGUCGUCUGGGUUAGUCUGCUGCCUCUUGUCUUUUCUUGGGGACCUCUGCAGAAACUGAUCAGAGGACGUCUUUGCAGGUUAAGAUGUCUGCCAACAUCCUCCACUUGCGGAGCUCACAGAUGCUGCAGCUAUUAGAGAAAUCAUUGAGGAAGAGCCUCCCUGAGUCCCUAAAGGUUUACGGGACCAUAUUCCACAUGAACCAGGGAAACCCUUUUAAACUCAAGGCGCUAGUGGACAAAUGGCCAGAUUAUAAUGCAGUGGUUGUCCGCCCGGAAGAACAGGAAAUGACAGAUAACUCUGAUCACUACACCAACACUUACCAAAUCUAUUCUAAGGAUCCCAAGAACUGCCAAGAAUUCCUUGGCAUCUCAGAAGUCAUCAACUGGAAACAGCAUUUGCAGAUCCAAAGUUCACAGUCCAGUCUGGAUGAAGUGAUACAAAAUCUUGCAUCCACUAAAUCGGUUAAGGUCAAGAGAACACAAUGCAUUCUUUAUAUGAUGCCUGAAACCGUGAAGACCUUGGUUCCCUCCCUGCUACAGGCAAAAAACUUAUCUCCUGAGACGAGAAGACCCAAACCCAUCAAUGAAGAGCUAUUUAAACUCUCAUCCCUGGACAUCACCCACGCUGCCUUGGUGAAUGAAUUUUGGCAUUUCGGGGGCAAUGAGAGAAGCCAGAGAUUCAUCGAGCGCUGCAUCCGGACCUUCCCCACCUUCUGUCUGCUGGGGCCUGAGGGGACCCCUGUGAGCUGGUCCUUGAUGGACCAGACUGGAGAGCUGAGGAUGGGAGCUACUGUGCCCCAGUACCGGGCCCAGGGCCUCAUCUCCCAUCUUCUCUAUUCCCAUGUCCAGGCUCUGAACAAACUUGGCUUCCCCAUGUAUAACCACACGGACAGAGCCAACAAAUUUGUACAGAAAAUGAGUGAAAGUCUGCAGCUUGUCCGCCUGCCCUGUGACUGGAGCCAGUGGAACUGUGUGCCUCUGUGACACUGACCCUGACACCAGUCCGUGUAAAGGGGCCUGAGGAUGUGACUGGAGAGAAAGAACACAUUGUAAUAAGAGGCUAAGCUACUGGAUAUCCUUUGGUGGCAGUAAUAUAUUCAUAUAAUAAAAUGUUUUGCUGUUGACAAAUUGA